CCCGGGGCCGGCGUGGCCGUGACCUGGCCCGGGGCCGGGGGGACGGUGCCCGUGGCCCUGGGCAGCCCCGAGGAGCCGGGGAGCGGAGAGCGGCCCACGGUGGCCUCCCUGCCCAGCCCGGGGGGCAUCGGGGGUCUCCCGGCCGCCCCGCCCAGCCCCCCCGACCCUCAGCUCGCCACCGGCUCGGCCGAAUCUGAGCUGCUGCCGGCGGCCGGGGGCUCGGCCGCGCCACAGAGCCCCGUGCUGGGCCAGCCCAGCCCCGUGCCCGCUGCCGGGGGGGACUCGGGGGGUCCCCCGGAGCUCUGGGGGGGCCCGUCCAGCCCGGCCCCGGCGCAGGGGGCUCGCGGCUGGACGGAUCUGACGUGGCUGCAGGAGCCCAUCACGGCGGCCACGGGCCCGGCCAAACCUUCGCCCGGCCGGGCGGGCUCCGACAUCAUCGACGUCGACUACUACGACCUGUUCGAGGGGGGCGAGGGACUGGGGGGCUUCCCCGGGGCCGGCCGGGAGGCGGCCGGGUCGGCGCGGCGGAGGGAACCCGAGGGGGCGGCCACGCCCUGGGCCCUCCACGAGCUCUACGACGACUUCACGCCCUUCGACGACGCCGAUUUCUACCCCACCACCUCCUUCUACGCCGACGGAGACGACGAGGACGGGCUGGAGGACGAGGAGGAAGAGGAGGAGGAGGAAGACAGGGAGCUGGAGGAUGAGAACGGCUAUCGGCCGCCCGCCUCGGCCGUGCCCGGCGCCGCGCCGGCCCCGCGGGACCCCCGGCCCACCGGGCGCAGGGACGCGGCCCCGCUGCCGUCGGGCGUGGCCGGGGGCAGCCCCACGGCCUGGCCACGGCCCGGGGAGCGGGGCCAGCCCGACAACGGCUCCGAGUGCCGGAGCGGGUACGUGCGGCACAACAGCUCCUGCCGCUCCCUCUGCGACCUCGUGCCCAGCUACUGCCACAACGGCGGCCAGUGCUACCUGGUGGAGAGCCACGGAGCCUUCUGCCGGUGCAACACGCAGGACUACACGUGGCACAAGGGCACGCGCUGCGAGUCCAUCGUCACCGACUUCCAGGUGAUGUGCGUGGCCGUGGGCUCGGCCGCGCUCGUGGUGCUGCUGCUCUUCAUGCUCACCGUGUUCUUCGCCAAGAAGCUCUACCUGCUCAAGACGGAGAACAGCAAACUGCGCAAGACCAAAUACCGCACCCCGUCCGAGCUGCACAACGACAACUUCUCCCUGUCCACCAUCGCCGAGGGCUCCCACCCAAACGAUGAUCCCAGCGCUCCCCACAAGCUGCAGGACUCGCUGAAAUCCUGCCUGAAGGACGAGGAGCCCUUUAACAUCCACAACUCGACGUCGCCCAAGCACGACGGCGGCAAAGGGGAGCAGGACGGGGGGGAGCUCAACUGCCUCCAGAACAACCUGACCUGAGGGCGAGCAGGAGGAGGGGAGGGGAGGGGAGGGGAGCCAGGUUCCCCCCCUGCAGCCCCAGCCGUGCCCUCCCGCUGUCUCUUUUCCCGUGGCAUGCUUUGGUGUGUUUUGUACAGAGGAAAACAAAAAUCCCGGUACUAAUUCGGCCGUGUCGUGGGGGUGUUUGGUCCGUGCUCCGUGUUUCUCGCUUGGGUUCGUUCCGCGCUGUGAUUUCUAAACCUUUGCCGUCCCCGCAACUGACUUUUUUUGUACUUUUGCCCCACUUUUUUUGAAAUACAGGUAAAAACAACAAAAAAAGGGGAAAAAAAA